UUUCAAACAUCACUUCCUUCCCCCAAAUCUUCUUCUUCUUCUUCACUUGAACACGAAUCAAGAAGAUCAAUCCACAAUCCAAUGGAUCUGAAGCACAAAGACAUGCAAUUCAAUGGAGCCUUUGAAAUCUUCAAAGAAACCUUCAAAAUCAUCAACAAAAACAGAAAGAUCUUUGCCAUGGCGGCUCUUUGCUUCAUCCACCCUCUAAACUACCUCCUCUCCGGCUUCAUGUGGACCUUAAGUGACCUCCUUAGAGACCUCCAAGAAUAUGGGAACAUGUCACAUCUCUUCUCUUCGCCCUUCAAUGUCUUCUGCAUCAUAUUCAUCUUUGGUUACUCAAUCUUCUCCACCGCGGGCGUGUCUCAAACCGUCGCUGCCUUAUACUCCAGCCGAGAACUGUCCGCUAAGGACACCAUGAGCGUCGUAGCCAAGGUUUGGAAGCGAGUUCUAGUCACGUUUCUUUGUGUUGUUUUGGUUUUCUUGGCAUAUCAUAUCAUAGCUGGAUUUGGUUUGUUCUUGAUUGUUUGGCAAUUUGGGAAAGCUGAUGGAACAAAUUUAGCUAUGUUCUUGAUUCUCUACUUAAUUGGGUUGUUGUAUUUGAUCGUUAUUCUCCAAUUGGCUGGGGUUGUUUCUGCGUUGGAAGAGUCAUGUGGGUUUCAAGCCAUGGCUAAGAGUAGGUUGCUUUUGAAGGGAAAGAUGGUGUCCGCAGUUGUCGUCGUGUCGGCGAUUUAUUCGAGUUUUGGGAUUGUUCUAUGGUUAGAUGAUCUUGUUAGAAAGAUGCCUUAUUUGCUGUCCAUGGUUAAUAUGAUGGUGCAUGUGUCGGCGAGCCUUGCAUUACUGUUGUUGAUUUUGGUUUUCUUGUUGUGGAGGCUCGUGUUGGAGACCAUGUUUUACUUUGUAUGUAAAUCAUAUCAUCAAGAGAGUAUCGACAUAUUGGAUCUCUCUGAUCAAGAACAUGGUCUUCUAAGAAGCUCACAAUGUUAAUUAUUGGUGUUUUUGAAUGAUGAAGAGGGUUGUAUUAUUUAAUUUAGUUUCUAAAAUGGAGUGGGGAAAUAAAGUUUGUGGAGAUUGUAAAUU